AUGCAUUGCGGAGUUGUAGCUCGCUGUCUAAUUUGUGUGUGUUUGGUGGGCUUUACUGCUGCAAAAUGUGUUCCUGAAAAGUGUGGUUCCAUGAAUGUGAGUUACCCUUUCUGGAUUCACAUUUCUCAUUGUGGACACCCUCGUUUUAAGAUCACAUGCAGGGAGGACAAGUAUACUGGGAUGCUAGCUCCUUACUUUACUGCCUUUCGAGCUAAUUCUACUGGUUUGCGAGGUGAUUUUACAGAUGUGGUUUUUGAUCGGAACUCUUCGAAGAUUAUGGAUAUUGAUUAUGAGGGUCACCUCAUCAUAAAUUCUUCUUCUAUCAAGGCCUUUUCUUGUGAUGAUGAUCCAAACAACGGUGCGAGAAACUACUUUGAGCUACCUUCAGGUGGGCCUUUCACUCUUUCCAACUCCAAUAGGUUAGUUGUUUUGGGCAACAAAACAUUCGGUACCUACAGUUUUGGUGAUUUGGGAGAGACGAGAUGUGUAACAAUGAACCGUCAAAGUGAUCAACCAUACUGCCGCUAUGGCUGCUGCGAAAUUAACCUCCCAGAUAAUUUGCCGUUUGUAAAUUUCACGGGAGGAGGUCUGUUUCAAUUGCCCAACGAUAAUACUACCAAGUGCGGCUUCUCCACCAUAAUGGACCCUUCCACCUUCACCAUGGUCGACAAUAAAACAAACCCCUUUUGGAGAAGAGGCAACAAGGCUUAUUAUGGUAUCCGUCUUAAUUGGGGUAUCGGGGAACAGGAUUGUGCCAUGGCUAAAGACACGACCGAUUAUUCUUGUGUACCCAAUGCAGAAUGCCUUGACUCGCCUUCAGGAAAAGGGCACGUAUGUAAAUGUCUCCCUGGAUAUGAAGGAAAUGGUUACUCCAAUGGCACUGAUUGCACAGGUUCCUACAACUGCUCAUGUGCAAAUGGAUACGUGGGAGAUGGCUUUGCAAAUGGGACAGGAUGCAAGUCCACAACUUCAAAUAGCCUGGUCUUUCCUGCGAUCACAGGAGCCGUCGUGUCGUUUGUGGUUGUCUCUCUAGCAGCGUCUCUUUUGGUUUGGAGUCUAAAGAAACGCCACAUGAAACUUGUUGAGGUCAAGUACUAUCAGCUGUUGCAGCGACACAUAGCUUCUACAAUGGGGAGAGAAAGCCUGAGAAUUUUCUCUGCCAAGGAAUUGGCAAGAGCUUCUAAAAAUUAUUCAAAUGAAAUGGCUUUGGGAAGUGGUGGCUUUGGAACUGUGUUCAAAGGCAUUCUAUCAGAUGGUACUCUUGUGGCCAUUAAAAAGUCCAAGCAAGCUUUAAAUUUGGAGGAUGACCAUGAGUUUCUUAAUGAAGUUACAAUUCUCUCCCAAAUAAAUCACAGAAAUAUUGUGAAAUUGUUAGGGUGCUGCAUCCAAACUAAAUUCCCUUUGUUGGUAUCUGAAUUCGUUCCGAAUGGAACGCUCUUUCAACAUUUACACUCUAAAGAAGGGUCUUUGCCUUGGACUUCACGUCUGCAGAUUGCAAUUGAGACUGGGGAGGCUUUGGCCUACCUGCAUUCUGGAGCAUCUCAACCCAUUUUCCACAGAGAUGUGAAAUCGUCUAAUAUUCUUUUAAAUGAGAAACUCUCUCCCAAAGUUGCAGACUUUGGGAUUUCUCGUCUCAUCUCAGCUUCCAAUAACACACAUGUCACUACAUUUAAUAUAAAGGGCACAUGGGGCUAUUUAGAUCCCGAGUUCUUUCAAACGUCUCAACUCACCGAAAAAAGUGAUGUAUAUAGUUUUGGUGUAGUCCUAGUUGAGCUUUUAACAUCUCUGAAACCCAUCUCUCUAGCAAGGGACAACGAGGACAUGACUUUAUCUAGUCUUUUUCUGUCAAGACUUGACCAAAAUCGCUUGACAGAAAUAUUAGAUAACAGAGUAUUGGAGAAAGAAAACCUACAAGAGAUGGAAGAUAUGGCAAGGAUAGCCAGAGAAUGCCUUCAUUUAGAAAGGAGGAAGAGACCGUCAAUGAAAGAAGUGGUGGAGGAACUUGUUUCGGUAAGAGGUGGCACAAGAAAGACAAAAUCCCAUGACAAUGAAAAAUGUGAAGAGGCAAUAUUUGAGGAGAGAAGCAUUUCGAGAGAAGCAUCACCAAUGCCAUACAAAUGUAGGAGUUGCACGUUUUCAUCUCCAGUUAGGAGUACUGCACUGGUUGAGAUUUCGAUCUUGACUGAAUGA